AUGAAUUCGGCUCUGUUGUCUCAACCGGCGCCGUCGCAUUCGAAUACCACUGCGGCUUCCACCCGCCAACGAAUCCUGUUCGAUUCACUCAACACCAGUCGCAAUGAGACAAAUACAUAUGCCGACAGCGAAAGACCUUAUACGGCGACAGAGGAUAACUCUGCUGGUCAGAGAUCCAACAGUCGUCGCGGUCAUUCAUUAUUCGGGAAUCGCGCUGAGCGUCUGGCACACCGUACCACUAGGAUAUCUAUGCCGUCGCGAGCUGAACCGGCUGGUUCGCAGUACUCGCCUGGCGGAUCGUACGUUCAAAUUGAUAUGCAGUCGGUAGCGACGGAGAAUCAUUGGGGUGAUCGGGCAUCAUCGUCGUCAAAUGAAGCUUCAAGGGAAAGAGAGCGUACUGAGAGAGCGCAUGACAGACAGUCACAAAGAGGGCAGGAAGAACAGCCCGUACUGUACGAACGGUCAUGUUCCUCCAUUCUCAAAGCAAGCCACCUCCGAAGGAAGCUAUACACCUUGGCCAUGGCCGGUCUGUUCUUCAUUGUCGUUCUCUCCAUUUAUGUUGCUUUCGCCGCGUCUCAUGCACAUAUGGGACGCGAACUCCACAUCCUCUUGAUCUUCAUGCUCUUGAUUCUUGCAAUCGUAUUCUGCCACUCGUUUGUCCAGUUUAUUUUGGCUGUUGCCCGAGGACCUAGUCACAGGAGGAGUCGGAUUCCAAGUCGUUCAGGGCCCCGGGGAUACGCUGAGCCAGAUCAGCCGAUUCCUGUUGUUCUUGCAGCCGAUGAAGAGAUUAUGGCAGAAGGUGUGCGUGAGAAACUCGCAUGUCCGCCUCCGGCAUACGGGCUCUGGAGAAGCAGUGUGAGAAUCAACCCCGACCUGUUGCAUUGGCAACGUGUAAACGAUUUAUCAGCACCUCGAAGAACCCCAAGUGGAAAGGUUACAGAUCAACGCCCCCCGAGCUAUGCAUCCGAUGACGGUGUCGACUAUGUAGUUGAAGCACAACCACGGUCGUUUGUGCCAAAUCGAGGGCAGCCCGGCCCAAGUCGCAUUCCUGAGAUCUCGGAACUCCCAUAA